CAAUUCCCUCCGAAUUACCUCACUGUCCCUCCUCCCGUCCUAGCCGUUACGUUACCCCAUGAAACCCCACAAGGUCGCAUCCGUAAUUAGCUCCUUCCUUCCCUCACUCCUCCCUCUUCUGAACCUUCUAGUUGUAGUCAUCCAGUCCACUGUGACUCCACAUACCAUCUAACCCAAUUCCUCCCGCUCCCACCUCCCUCUCACUCUGUUCUUGGACCGUCCAUGGCUUCUUCUUCCUCUGACCCUCCUGCCAGGGCCGCGGUUGGCUGUCCCGUGGCCGAGACCUCGGAUGCAGCCAUCACCAGCGAUCAGGUGUUUUUGUACAGGGAAUUCAAGAAGGCUAAGAAAGAGAGAGGAUGUACGGCCAAAGAGCGAAUCAGCAAAAUGCCUCCUUGUACUGCCGGCAAACGCAGCUCCAUAUACCGCGGUGUCACCAGGCAUAGAUGGACAGGUCGUUAUGAAGCACAUCUUUGGGAUAAGAGCACGUGGAACCAAAAUCAGAAUAAGAAAGGAAAGCAAGUUUACUUGGGGGCAUAUGAUGAUGAAGAGGCUGCAGCUAGAGCUUAUGACCUUGCUGCUCUAAAAUAUUGGGGCCCAGGGACUCUCAUUAAUUUCCCAGUGUCUGAUUAUACGAGAGAUCUUGAAGAAAUGCAGAAUUUUUCAAGGGAAGAAUACCUAGCAUCUUUGCGACGGAAGAGCAGUGGCUUUUCAAGAGGAAUCUCAAAAUAUCGUGGACUCUCCAGUCGAUGGGAACCAUCAUAUGGUCACAUGGCUGGAUCUGACUACUACAAUAGCAUACAUUAUGGUACAGGUGAUGAUUCAGCUACAGAAAGUGAAUACUUAAGUGGUUUCAGUGUAGAAAGAAAAGUUGAUCUAACGAGUUACAUCAAAUGGUGGGGAUCUAAUAAGAGUCGCCAAGCUGAUGCUGGAACAAAAUCAUCAGAGGAAAAAAAGCGUGGUUUUGCUGGAGAUCAUUGCAGUGAACUCAGAACAUUGGAACAGCAAGUACAACCUACUGAACCAUAUCAGAUGCCACAGUUAGGCAUGUCCCAUGAUGAAAAAAAGCAUAAAAAUCCUUCAGUUUCUGCCUUAAGUAUCUUGUCUCGAUCAGCUGCCUACAAGAACUUGCUAGAGAAUGCAUCAAAGAGAGAGGAAAAUAGCAUAGACCCUAUAGAAAAUGAAAACAAAAAUAACAUUGGUAAGUUGGACCGUGGCAAGGCAGUGGAGAAAUCUUCAAAUCAUCAUGAUGGUGGUAAUGAAAGACCUGAAUCUGUAAUGGGGAUGAGUGGAGCUUUGUCUCUUCAAAAGAAUGCUUACAGCCCGUUGGCUCCAUUCUUGUCUGCACCCCUUUUGACUGCUUAUAAUACUACGGAUCCCUUAGUUGAUCCUGUUCUCUGGACGCCUCUUGUUCCUAUACUUCCUGCUAGUCUUUCCCGUAAUGCUGAGGUUACAAAGGCUGAGGCCAGUUCAUCUUAUACCCUCUUUCAGCCAGAGGACUGACUGGAAAUUCCUUUGAAUGGAUCUUUGAUUUGAAGAAUAGCAAGUUCCUGAAGAACUGAGAGAAUAACAUAAUUGGAAGGGAUCCAUUUGUUCAGAUGAUCUUCAUAUCGAACGAGACCUUCAAGUGUCUGACGAGCUCAACUGGUUUGGAAAUGCCACCAAAGCUUGAACCAUGCAUGCAUGCAUCUUGCAAUGCAUAUACUGAUAGUAAUAACUAUAGAGAUAAAAGAUUACUGUGCUCAGUGCUCUACACGUAGAUAAGAUAUAUAAGGUUCACACGAAUUGUUUCUUGCGGUAUGACGUUUCUGUAAAGUUUUUGCGGGCGGUAAAGAGAGUGAUUUCCUGUACAGAACAAGAGGAGGAAUCAUGGAUGGGUAUAUGGGUCAUGGGUUUCGGUGAAAUGAGUUUAUCGGAUCAUGUCAGAUAGUUAUCUCUGAUGUUUGAUUUGUUUGUUUCAGUUAGACAGUACCAUUUAGAUCACAUUUGAUUCGAUUUCGAUCCUUUUCUCA